AUGAUCAAGCAUUGCUGGGCUCAGGCUGCUGCCAGCUUCGUCAUUGCAACGGGCAUUGAGUCGGGUCUCUUCAAGUACAUGGCCCAAAACACUGGCCCUAAGAAGGUUAAUCAGCCGAGCAAAGCACUUUGCUUCAAUCACGACGUCCUGUCUUGCAUGACGCGCUAUCUUGGCUCGAUGGGUUACUUGAAGGAAACCGGCACGGACGAGUACGAGCCUACAAACUUUGCCAAGUCUCUAAGCCUGCCCAUCAUCGCAGGAGGGUAUACUUGCAUGUAG